UUCUUGCGCUUUCAUUGAAUUGCACUGCAAGCGCUGCAUCGAUCUAAAGCCCGCAGCAGUCCCAGCACGACAGCAUACACUCCUGUCCCUUAACAGAUGAGGACUACAUCAUCACCGGUUUAUCGUCAAACGGGUGGACCGAAUUCGCUCUUACACUGGAAGAAGUGAGAGCCAGCACCGUGGGAGAGAGAUUUCCCGUUGCAGAAGCGUCACUUCUCUGUAGUUGGCUAAUGAUUUUUAUUAAUUCCCAACUUGUCUUAAUCCACCGAGGACAAAACACAGCGAUGCUUAGACUUCAGGACGCUCAUGAGAGUUUAAUUUCGUCAUUUUAUCUCUGAAUUUCGACAUUAAGUGUACCACAGCCGGUUAUUACGAGGAUUAAAACCGAUAUCUGUGGGCUUUACGAAAGGAAAUACAAUGCCGGACCAGAUCACAGUGGCGGAGUUUGUGGCGGAGACGAAUGAAGAUUAUAAAUCGCCCACCGCCUCAAACUUCACCACAAGAAUGACUCACUGCAGGAACACUGUAGCCGCACUGGAAGAGGCCCUGGAUGUGGACCGCAGUGUCCUUUACAAGAUGAAGAAGUCAGUUAAGGCCAUUUACGCCUCCGGUCUGGCUCACGUGGAGAACGAGGAGCAGUAUACUCAAGCUCUAGAGAAGUUUGGAGAGAACUGUGUGUACCGAGAUGACCCUGACUUGGGAUCAGCCUUCCUGAAGUUCUCCGUCUUCACCAAGGAGCUCACAGCCCUCUUCAAGAACCUGUUUCAGAACAUGAAUAACAUCAUUACCUUCCCAUUGGACAGUCUGCUGAAGGGAGAUCUGAAAGGGGUUAAAGGGGAUCUCAAGAAGCCCUUUGAUAAAGCCUGGAAAGACUAUGAGACUAAAGUUUCUAAAAUAGAGAAGGAGAAAAAAGAGCACGCCCGACAGCAUGGAAUGAUCCGGACGGAGAUCAGUGGAGCAGAGAUAGCAGAGGAAAUGGAGAAAGAGCGCCGUUUCUUUCAGCUUCAGAUGUGUGAGUACCUCCUCAAAGUCAAUGAAAUCAAGAUCAAGAAAGGUGUCGACUUGCUUCAGAAUCUCAUCAAAUACUUUCACGCACAGUGCAACUUCUUUCAGGAUGGUCUGAAAGCAGUUGACAACCUCAAACCCUCGAUAGAGAAACUCGCCACAGACUUGCACUCGAUCAAACAGGUACAGGAUGAAGAACGCAGGCAGCUAAACCAGUUACGGGACGUGCUAAAGACCGCUCUGCAAGUGGAGCAGAAGGAGUCUAGGAGAGACUCACAGGUGAGACAGAGCGCCACCUACAGUCUGCACCAGCCCCAGGGCAACAAAGAGCAUGGGACGGAGCGCAGCGGGAACCUUUACAAGAAGAGUGAUGGGCUACGGAAAGUGUGGCAGAAGAGAAAGUGCACAGUGAAGAAUGGUUAUUUGACCAUCUCGCACGGGACGGCUAACAGACCUCCUGCCAAACUCAAUCUUCUCACCUGUCAGGUGAAGCACAACCCAGAGGAGAAGAAAAGCUUCGACCUCAUCUCCCAUGACAGAACGUAUCAUUUCCAGGCAGAGGAUGAGCCAGAGUGUCAAAUAUGGAUCUCAGUGCUGCAGAACAGUAAGGAGGAAGCGCUCAACAACGCGUUUAAGGGCGACCAGCAUGUUGGCGAGAACAACAUUGUGCAGGAGCUGACCAAGGCCAUCCUGGGUGAGGUCAAGCGGAUGGCGGGAAACGAUGUCUGCUGUGACUGCGGAGCUCCCGGCCCCACAUGGCUCUCUACCAACCUGGGCAUCCUGACGUGUAUCGAAUGUUCAGGGAUCCACCGAGAGUUGGGCGUGCACUACUCCAGAAUUCAGUCACUAACACUAGAUGUUCUCAGCACCUCAGAGCUCUUGCUGGCCAAGAACGUGGGGAAUGCUGGGUUUAAUGAGAUCAUGGAAGCUUGUCUGACAGCAGAGGAUGUCAUCAAACCAAAUCCAUCCAGCGACAUGCAGGCAAGGAAAGACUUCAUCAUGGCCAAAUACACAGAGAAGCGAUUUGCUCGUAAGAAGUGUCCUGAUGUGCUGUCGAAACUGCACACGCUCUGUGAUGCUGUGAAGGCUCGGGAUAUUUUCUCUCUCAUCCAGGUCUAUGCUGAGGGUGUGGACCUAAUGGAGCCCAUUCCUCUGGCCAAUGGUCAUGAACAAGGUGAGACAGCCCUUCAUCUGGCCGUGAGACUGGUGGACAGAACCUCCCUUCACAUCGUCGACUUCCUCACCCAGAACAGUUUAAACCUGGAUAAGCAAACGGCUAAAGGAAGCACAGCGCUGCAUUACUGCUGCCUGACAGACAACAGCGAGUGUCUCAAACUGCUACUGAGAGGAAAAGCCUCUAUAGACAUCGCUAAUGAAGCUGGUGAGACGCCGCUUGACAUCGCCAGGCGACUCAAACAUCUGCAGUGUGAGGAACAGCUUAACCAAGCACUUGCAGGAAAGUUCAACGCUCAUGUGCAUGUAGAGUACGAGUGGAGACUUCAGCAUGAAGACCUGGAUGAGAGUGAUGAAGAUCUAGACGAGAAGUCCAGUCCUCACCGGCGGGACGAGAGGCCCAUCAGCUGCUACACACCGGGCAGUAAUUCCCUUCAGCCCAGUCCGGCUAGCCUGGCACGAGACAUACGAGACGUGGGCAAAGACAAGCAGCGUUUCAUUCCUAACCUUGUCAACAAUGAGACUUAUGGUACCAUCAUCAACACCAACUCACCGGUCACCCUCUCCACCUCUGCUCCACCUCUACCACCCCGAAAUUUAGUUCAGCCGUCUGGUCUUGCUGGAAUAGCUCAGGGAUCUCCCGGUUGGAAGCCUGGCUCCCUAGAUCUGACCGGCAGGCAGCGAUCUUCCUCUGACCCCCCCAACAUGCAUCCACCAGCGCCCCCCUUACGGGGCACAUCCACUUCCCUUCUUGUUCCCAGCGGAGCUCUUCCUCCUGUGGCUAAAACUGGCAGUAUGAUGGAGGCCAUGACUACACAGCCCAAACCCGGACAGGGGCCUCCUGGGCAGAGCAUCAGCCGGGCUACAAGCGCGGACAAAAGCUUCAGUAAAAGCACACUGAUGCGCUCCGGAUCCAUCGAGAGACCAGGCAGAUCUCAGAGAAACCAUGCUGACUCUAAAGAAGUUCCUGGAGGCCCCCAAAACACCACUGGUCAAACUCUGCCCGCUACACACAUGCCCAGGAAAACUUACCUGCAGAGGCCGAAGCGUGUGAAGGCCAUGUAUAACUGUGUGGCUGAUAACCCAGACGAGCUGACGUUCUCUGAGGGAGAGGUGAUCGUCGUGGACGGUGAGGAGGACCACGAGUGGUGGCUGGGCCACAUAGAGGGAGAGCCAAUGAGAAGAGGAGCUUUUCCGGUCACAUUCGUGCAGUUCAUCAUGGACUGAGGUUCACAGAUUAUAGACACGGAGUUGGACGAUGAAGGCACUUCUCUGCUUCUGUGUGGUCUCACUGACCAUCAUCAUCUUCAUCACUGUCCCCUUUAUCGUAAGGCUUCUUCUGAGCUUCCAAAAUCCCUGGCUCUAGCCUGGCUUGAGAGACUCUGUCUCUGGAAUAUAACAGCUUUCUGGGCUUUUUGUUUUUAAUUUUUGUUUUGUGAACCAGAUAGGAUUCCGAAUGAGUUUCAUACAUCUAAUCUAGUCGCACUUUUAACCUAAUUUACCAUGAGCGCAAUGCUAAUGAGAUGAAUGUCACCGAAAAAUGAAGGUUUUAUUCCGACAUCAUUAUUCCUUUUAGAUAGACUGCUCUAUACCGUAAAGUUGUUUUUGAAGUACACAGAUCUGUGAAUAUAGUCUUGUUUGCCCACAUUCCGUGAUUGGCAAAAAAAAAAAAAAAGGCAGAAAGAUAAUUGGAGAAUCAUUGACUUUUGAGUUGGAAAAGACAGUUUUGUCAAUGGUGCUACACCAGGAAUAUGCUACAAGAGCCGUCUGCCUCCGAUGUCCCUGUUUCACACUACCUGCCCCAGUGCAUCAAUAGACCUUCCCUGCUCACACACGGGAAAUAUCUGAAGUGCACUGAGUGGAGGAGAGAGAGAGAGAAACGGACAGACACAAGAGUGCUUUAGUGCGGGCUGAGGGACAGGGGAUGUGGAGACUGAAUUAAAGUAAUCUUGGCCCUGUACCUGCUGGGAGUUUUAAGCAGCGUGACGGUCUGCAUGAACAUUCAGUGGCCUCCAGAGAGAGCAAUGGAGCAUCAAAGAGGUUUAUUUCUGUAUAGAUAUUUAUAAUCUGAAGCUGUCCUUCUGUGUUCUUGAUUUAGGUGCUCUUAUUGAUCAGAAUGAUCUUUUGCAGACCUUCCUUCAGUGUGCAGGCCACUUGCCUUGAGACAUCUGUGGAACACUGUCACUUAUCAAAUAACUCAUUCAUUCAUUCUUAAAGUGAUAGCCCAAAAAUUGAAAAUGUGGUCAUUUAUUUACCCUCAUGUUCUUUCAAACAGUGCAAAAGAAGUAGAUUAGCCCAGAGUGCUCCAUACUAUUAGUUUUCUAUAUUCCAAGUCUAAUGAAGUUCUAUUGUAACUUUGUGUCAAGCACAAAACAAUAUUUAAAUGGACUGUUCACCCCAUUAUGAUACUUCUACCCUUAAAAAAAAAAUCACAAUUUUAUCACAUUCGUAUCGUUCCAAACCUGUAUGACUCAUUUCUUUUAUGGAACACAAAAUAUAUUUUGAAGAGCAUAGGAACCAGGCAACAUUAGAGCCUAUUGUCUUCUAUUCUGAAGACAAAAAUAACUUAUUUGAGAAAUGUGUAAUAAAUAUAUAAUAUAUGUAUCUAUAUAUACUAUUUUAUAUAUAUAUGUAUACAUACACACACACACACACACCGGAUCUGGCUGGUUCUGUGGAAGCUAAAAAGGUUUGAAAUAUCAUGACGACAGCAUUUUCAGUUCUGGGUGAACUAUUCUUUUAAGCUGCUCUUCUCUUUCUUCAGUGUGCAAAACAGGACUGUACUGAAUAGUGUUUUUACCUCGAGAUCUCCAAAACCUAGUCAUUUUUAACAGAUUUCAAGCUGUCAGUUUGAGAUCGUUUCCACCUCCCAGGAUGUUCCCAGAGUCUCCCUGCUUCGGUUGGCCAGAUGGGUGUUCCCUGCACCAGUAAUAACUCCGCAUCUCUCUGAUUGUAUUCCAGGGGAAAUUAAAAUCCCUCGUGUCAUUUCCCCUCACAACACUUCUUUAAAUCCUUUCUAAAGCUUUGAAAUGCUCAUCCAUCUGUAAUUGUGUGCAGGAGUAGCACAGCAGAGUGUUUUAUGUCAUGAGUGUUUGAUGUGGUUGCAGAGCAACUUAAUGGAGUCUGUUAUGUAACUUUUAAUUACAGUCACGUUAGUCUUGAUUGAGCUCGGACCAGAGUGACCUGUAACUCGCCCGAGGGAUGUAAUUAUUAUACUGUGUUCAGCUCAUUGUAUAUGGUUUAUGGUCAGCACCUGGCUGGCCGUGAUUGUAGAUAAAUGUAGACUUUGCUUUGUGCAUAUUUAAUUGCAAUCAGAGAGCUAAACUGUUAAUGACUGAUGUUUUGAUGUACUGUUAGAUAAAACUGUUACAGUACACUCUGAACCAAGAUGAAACGACCUCUAUUCACCCGUUUACCAUAAACGUCAUUGAUGCUAAUAUAUAUGGACAAAUAAAUGGAAAAACUGGAAUUAAAAAAUUGCAAAUUAUUGUU